AUGUCUCUUAUACAGAUGAUCAAGUCUGCCGGGUGUUCAGCGUAUAAGGAGCUGUCUAAGAAGUACGAAGAGAUUGUCUUGACUGCAUUACACCGACCCGGGUGCACAAGAGUGGACUUAAUUUUCGACCAAUAUCCCUCUGUUUCAGUGAAG